AGAGCACAGCAGCGUCUCCUCUCUCUCUCUCUGAACAUGGAGGCUCUGGAGGAACCUGAACUCUGUUUUCCCCACAUCAACACCUCGUGCAGGAGGACAAGGCGUCCUUACAUGGAAACCACGCUCAUGUACAGUGUGCUGUCCUGCAUCAUUGUGCUCACUGUGAUUCUUAACCUACUGGUCAUCAUCUCUAUCUCCCACUUCAGGCAGCUCCACACCACCACCAACCUCCUCCUUCUCUCUCUGGCUGUCGCUGACUUCCUCGUGGGUCUGCUGGAGAUGCCACUUCAUCUCCACAAUCAAGGCUGCUGGCUCAUUGGUGACCGAAUGUGUGCUCUGCAUAUCUUUUUAAGUUUCCUCGUUGUCAGUGUUUCAGUUGGAAGCAUGGUGCUCAUAGCGAUCGACCGCUAUAUCGCAAUAUGUGACCCCAUGUUUUACACCACCAGAGUCACUCUGACCAGAGUUAAACUCUGUGUUUGUCUGUGUUGGAUAUUUUCUGCUGUACAUGGCAUUUGGAUAUUAAGGGAUUUGUUAAAACAGCCUGACAUAUUUAGGUCCUGCUACGGAGAGUGCACAGUUGUUGUCACUUUUGCUGAAGGACUUGUUGAUCUUAUUGCCACCUUUUUAGGCCCAGUUUUAAUUAUUGCAAUUCUCUAUUCCAGAGUGUUUGUGGUGGCUGUGUCUCAGGCUCGAGCCAUGCGUUCUCACGUCGCAGUCGUCACAGUGGAGCGUUCCCACACUGUAAAAGUUAAGAAAUCUGAGAUUAAAGCAGCCAGGACUCUCGGUAUUGUAAUUAUUGUUUUUCUUCUCUGCUCAUGUCCAUAUUAUAGUUUUGCUGUUGCAGCUGAAAGCAACUUGGUUGGAGCAUCAACUUCAGGCAUUGAGAUUUGGUUAAUGUACAUAAACUCUAGUCUUAACCCGAUAAUUUAUGUAUUUUUCUACCUGUGGUUCAGAAAAACCAUUAAAUAUAUUGUUUCACUUCAGAUACUUCAGCCUGGCUCCCGUGAUGCCAGUGUACUAUAGAGAGAAAGAGAGAGAGGGUGCAGGAUGUGAUAGAUUGCCACUGAAUUUGUUAAAUCUUCUAUAAAAAUGUGUUUCAAUCCUGUGAAUUUCAUAAUGUGAAACAAAAACAAAAAAAAAAGAAGAAGACAUUUAUGGAACUGCUUUUUGGUUAUAAUUAGAAAAUUUAAUUUUUACCACCAUGUCUAAACCAUUGGAAAUGUUCUCCCCAAUCCCCACCAUUGUCUACUUCUCAUAUAAGAAUACUUUUACUUAAUAAUGUUACGCAAUUUGAGUCACCUGUAGUUAAAAAAAAACCUCAAAGCACCGGUGUAAUAAUAAAAUAAAAAUUAAACAAGAAGUAUAUAUUAGUCCCCGAUCCUAACAUACAGUUAAAGCGUGGUAUUGAUUUACUUUAGUUUGCUUUACUUUAGCUUGUUUUUUUAUUUCAAAUCAGUUUGCUCUGGGGAGGGGGGUUAAAAAUAGGAGACUUUUUAAAUUAUUACUAUUAAAUCUCUGGCAUUAUUGACAAGCUCCAGCUUACAGAGGCACUGGUUUAUUCUGAACCUUGUAUAUCAUGGCCCUGGGUGGUUCUGUUGUAAACUGACCCUUUUUGUUGUAUAUUAUGCAUAUACUGCUUCUCGCCUGUUUUAACAAAUCGCCUGUGUGCAAACUGACCUUUCUUGCAAGAAAUAAAAUCUUGU